UCGUCCACUAAAAGCCAAAAUUGUCCAAGCUGAGAUCCAAAUGUCGAACCUCCUCUUUCCUCUCCGGUGAGCAUCCAAGAAAACCCUUUUCUUUAGGCGUCCGGCCUGGAACGCCUGUUGGAGGUAAACCAUGGAGGCAGGAGAUGAUAGCCCGACCAGCGAGUUGCUCGCGCCGCCGCUUCCACCGCUGCCGGAGAGGAUCAAGCGCAGCGGCAAGAGGGCAAGGGACGGGCCGCUGCUGUUCGGCACCCAAUUGGUCAAGCACGAAGGGAAAGACGACGAACUGGUGGUUGAAGCCGCACCACAAGGAGCAGAAGCAAUCGUCCCAUCGGAGUCCCCGGAAAAGCAGCCGGCGGCGGCCGUUCAGGUGGACAAGGCCAAGCUCUACUGCUCGCUGUGCGCCUGCUCGUUGACGCCCCCCAUCUACCAGUGCCCGGUGGGGCACCUGGCGUGCUGCAGCUGCCGCGUGAAGCUCCCGGGCCGCCGCUGCCGGACCUGCCGCGACCGCGGCACCGCGUCCUCCGCCUACGCGCACUGCCCCGGCCUCGACCUCUUCUUCGGCGACCUCCGCGUGCCGUGCAACUUCGAGGAGUACGGCUGCAGGGCCUACGUCCCCUACUUCCACGGCGCCAACCACAGGGGCACGUGCGAGCACGCCCCGUGCCACUGCCCGGAGCCCGGCUGCUCCCUCCUCUGCUCGCCGCGGACGCUCACCGCCCACCUCGCCGUCGACCACUACUGGGCCGUCCACGAGGUCGCCUACGGCACGCCGCUCCCGGUCGCCGUCCCGGUGCCCGCGGCGGCGCCGGCCUCGGGGUCGCCGGCCCCGACCUCGGCCCCGGUGCGGGACCUCCGGCUGCUGCGCGGCGACGACGCGUCGCUGUUCCUGAUGGCCGCGGGCCCGCUGGGCGACGGCGCGGCUGUGUCGGUGGUGCUCGUCCGGGCCACGGCCAGCCCCCCGGCGCUCCCGCGGUACACGUGCACGUUCUACGCGAACCCGCCCCCGGGCGCGGCGGACCUCGAGGGGGGGUACUUCUUCGCGACCGUGCCGGUGAGGAGCAGCGCGCUGGCCGACGGCGCCGGCGUCGCGCCGGAGAAGGAGCUCUACUUCGCCGUGCCCGGGGAGAUGCUGUGCGGGGGCAGCAGGGAGCUGCUCCUCUCCGUCCGCAUCGAUCGCUCGUCGGGACCUGAACCACCUGUUCAAGACAAGAAGAUGAUCACUGAGAGCUGAUCAGUAAGCGCUAGCACCAAAUCGCAGGCUUCUGGGAUGAUACUCUUAAGUAAGAUUAGCUAGGGUGAAGAUGUUUCAGGUGUUACAAAUCCAUCUGGAAGAUUGCGAAUGCUUAUGACCAUCAUGUUUUUGGCUCUGGUAUAUGAACUAGCCUCUGAACCUGCACAAUGGCAACUAGCAUACCAAACUGGUAUCGUGCUAUGUGAACUGAGCUUCAGGGGAUACUAGUAAUUUGGAAAUCCCGGCACAUUCGAAAUCGCAUGACGCAUUGUUCGACGUGU